ACUCCGUAUAUACAGUGAGCACACGUGUUAUCUAUUAGUUCCAUACCCAGCCUGUGUUAGCAUCAAAGUUCAUACCCAAUUCACGCUUCCACCAUGAAGACCUACUUUCUCGCGCCCACACGCGACGCGCCACCCAACGGAAGAAUUGCUCUCGGCAAUAUCAUUGCAGACAUAUCUGAGCCCGAGAACAGCAUCAACGAAUGCAGCCCGCCCACAUUGCCAUCAAACGCAAUAUACACAAGCAUCGCCACAAACUGGAGGAGCGAAAAAUCACGUUCGCGAGAUAGAAAAGGAAGUGUCUGGGCGGGGUUCCUGCAAGUCCUUGGAGUGGGCGGAGAACUCAACAUCACCCGAAACAACUCCCAAACCGACGCGUACGAAUUCGACAAACUCACCACCACUUACUUCGUGCCCACUACCAAAUAUCUGGAACAAGCCAUCAACGACAAGGAUGUCAAAAGCUGGUUGAAAUACAACAAGAAUGAACCCCUUUACAUGAUCACCGGUGUGAAAAUCGCCAGCGGAGCAAGAUUUCUGACAGAAAUGGCAAAGGAACGUGGGUUUCGGUUUCAAUUGGGGGUUAAUGCCAGUAUAUCUGGCAUCCCGAUCAAUUUCGGUCCUGAAGUGGACAUUUCGAAGAAACAGACAGAGAAAGAAUCUGCAGAUGCGACUUCCGACUUUGUCUUUGCUUUUCGAGUGAGAGAGAUUCGGUACAAAGUAAAGACCGGCCUCACUCAUAAAGAUUUCGUCAAGGGUGCCAUGUAUAGCAUUGGGGACCCAUUUGCUUACGAGGAAGAUGAAGAUGUGAAAUCCGAGAGUUUCGAGUUUGCGGGUGAUGAUCCUCAGGAAGAUGAUCUGGAUCGUGGAUUCGAGGGUUUGGGAUCUUGCGAAGAGGAUGGGGAUGCUGUCAAGUGCUUCAUUCCGGCCAGCUUUAGCAGCGUGCAUGAGAGUUCACAAUAGCAGUAGUGCCUCCUCCCCGUGUGCUAAACUUUGUCACGCGUACAACUAUAGAACAGCACA